AUGAUUGAUGAUCAAGACCUCGGUUUUUUUGCCAAUUUUCUGGGUAUCUUCAUUUUUGUACUGGUAAUAGCAUAUCACUAUGUGGUAGCUGACCCGAAGUAUGAAGGCAACUAAGGAUUUUCCCAUAGUUCAAUGUAUCCGCUUUUAGGCUAUAGGAAUCUCAUGAUUUUGUAGGCUUAACUGUCUUGCAGAUGGAGACCUUUGAAUUUACUUGAAACCUUUCUCAUGCUAUAUGAAUGCUUUAUUUUCACAAUUAUUUCUUUUGAAACUUGAGAUCUUCAUAUGUUAAUUACAAAUUCUUGCAUAAGAUUUUAGACAGUUUGCAUCA